AUGAAGCUCACUCUUUCCGCCCUGGGCGGCAUGCUCGCGAUGCUACCUGCGGUGCUCGCGGCGACCGUGGACAAGCGAGGCCCCGUGCCCUACAAGGUGCAAACCCCGCCUCUCGAUACCGACUGGACGUACAAGGUCGGAACCAAUCCCUGGCCGGAGCAUCCACGACCGCUGCUGCACCGCGACAACUGGCAGAGCCUGAAUGGCAUCUGGACAUAUGAGAGCGCCGACGGCAGCUCCCCUGCGCAGGCGCUCGCCAGCCCUCCGGACCGCCAGCUCGGAAAAGAAAUCAUGAUUCCCUCGUGCGUCGAGAGCGGCCUCUCCGGCGUGCAGGAAUACCCCGUCACAAACAUGUGGUUCACCAGGACAUUCAAGGUGCCGGACUCGUGGCGCGGCCAGAACGUGCUGCUCAACUUUGAGGCCGUCGACUACGAGGCCACCGUCUUUCUCAACGGCGUCAAGGUCGGACACAAUGUGGGUGGCUACUUUCGCUUUACAAUUGACGUGACGAGCCAAAUCAAACAUGGUCAAGAUAAUACGCUGUCCUGUUCCGGCAUCUGGCAGACGGUCUGGCUGGAAAGUGUGCCGCAAAACCACAUCACUGGUGUUGACGUCACUGCCGACAUGGACGGCAACGUCGCUUUCACUGUCCACAGUUCAGGAAACAAUGGAACAGGUGUCAAGUUCAAUCUCUUUGAUAAGCAUGGCAAACAGGUCGCCUUGUCCGUCGGCAGAUCCGAUUCCGAGGUCAAGUUUCGGCUCGCCUCUCCUAAUCUUUGGUCCCCCUCUUCGCCCUAUCUCUACAACAUUACCGUUUCCAUGGGCGCCGACACAAUUAGCAGCUACACCGCGUUCCGCAGCAUCGCAGUGGGCGAGGUCAAUGGUAUCAAACGGCCCUUGCUCAAUGGCAAGUUCACCUUUUUGAUGGGCACUCUGGAUCAGGGCUUUUGGCCCGACGGCUUGUAUCUCCCUCCCAACCGCGAAGCCAUGGUGUAUGACUUGAAGAUGCUCAAGAGCCUCGGGUUUAAUUCCAUCAAAGUAGAGCCAGAUCUCUUUUUCCGCGCCUGCGACGAAAUGGGUCUCGUCGUCAUUCAAGAUAUGCCGAGCAUGUCGGCCGAUGGCAGAGUACCGAAUGCAGACCAACAGGCCGAGUUUCGCCGUCAGCUGGGGAUCCUCAUCAAUGAGCACAAAAACUAUCCGUCGAUUCUGGUCUGGGUCAUCUACAACGAAGGCUGGGCCCAAAUCAACAGACCCCCCUACCCCGAAGGUGAACUGACAGAGAUGGUGCGCAAAUUGGAUCCGACGAGAUUGAUCGACUCAGUUACUGGCUGGAAUGACCAUGGUUUUGGCGACUUUUCGGACAACCACCACUAUGCCAACCCGCAGUGUGGCAGCCCGUUCUCGUCGCUCCCUGGCGGCCCAUACGACUCGAGCAGGAUCGGCUUCUCGGGAGAAUUCGGCGGUGUUGGUCACAAUGUCUCAGCCGACCACUUAUGGAAGGUGCAGCAUGCCAUUGACGAAAUCAACCAGACGUACGAAAUGGAUGAGACUCUCGAGGCGUACAACUACCGCACUGGCGUGCUGUUUAGGGAGUUGAAGGAGCAGAUUGAGAUGUACGCCUGCAGCGGCGCCAUCUACACCCAGACGAGCGACGUCGAGGGCGAGCUCAACGGCCUGUACACGUACGACCGCCGCAUUCUUCGCCCAGACGUGAAGCAGUGGAAGCGGGACAUUGGUCGCUUAUAUGCGGCGGCACAGGGCCGCGGCGGUGCUUGA